AUGGGCAGUUACGAGAAACAACAAAAGUGGCAUGUUUAUUCUGUCUGUGCAGGAUCAAUUGAAUCUCUUAACCCUGUUUACACAUUAGAGAUGUGUAUGACUGGUUUGGAUAGAGAGAAGGCUUCUGUGUUUUACAAGAGCGACUCGAGCUCUGCAACUUCGAUGACCAAGACAUCCGGUAUAAGAAAAAUCCUCCCCAAGUCUGAUAUAUGUGACUUUGAAUUUGAGCCUUGUGGUUAUUCCAUGAAUUCCAUCGAAGAAGCUGCAAUUUCUACUAUUCAUGUUACACCAGAAGAUGGGUUUAGUUAUGCAAGCUUUGAAGCUGCUGGUUACAAUUUGAAAGAUGUGAAUCUGAGCCUGUUGAUUGAGAGGGUUUUAGCAUGUUUCCGUCCAAAGGAGUUUUCUAUUGCUGUGCACGCUGACAUUGGUGCUACGUUAUUUGAUGGCAUUUACUCUCACGACCUGAAGGGUUACUCUGUCAUUGAGGAAUGCCAUGAAGAGCUGGGAUUUGGCGGUUCUAUCCUCUACCAGAAGUUUGGUCAGACUGCGUAUUGUGGGUCUCCGAGGUCCAUUCUGAAAUGUUUUAGCGAUGAGGAAGAAGAAAAGGAGUAG